UACUCCGCACGUGUAGCAAAAGAUGGAAACAAUGGUUCAUUGAUGAUUCCUCUGUUUCAACGCUUACCGCGUAAGCAAGCUGCACGAUCAAAAGCAUUGCCACCAAAUCCCAAACGCUGAACACGUAUCUCACACCUUGUUUUCUUAUCUUCUAGAUUUUCUCUUCGAUCUCUGCUAAGGUUGUUCGUUUCAGCGCCAUGAGUUUCAUCUUUGGAAAGAGAAAAACACCCGCAGAGCUUCUGCGGGAAAAUAAGAGGAUGUUGGACAAAUCAAUAAGAGAAAUCGAGCGCGAGAGGCAAGGUUUACAAGCACAAGAGAAGAAAUUGAUUUUGGAGAUAAAGAAAAGUGCCAAACAAGGCCAGAUGGGAGCUGUUAGAGUUAUGGCAAAAGAUCUUGUUAGAACAAGACAUCAGAUUGAAAAAUUUUAUAAGCUAAAAUCACAGCUCCAAGGUGUAUCACUCAGAAUUCAGACUUUGAAAUCAACUCAAGCAAUGGGUGAGGCUAUGAAAGGCGUGACAAAGGCCAUGGGACAAAUGAAUAGGCAAAUGAACUUGCCAUCUCUGCAGAAAAUUAUGCAAGAAUUUGAGAGACAGAAUGAGAAGAUGGAAUUGACGACUGAGAUGAUGGGAGAUGCAAUAGACGAUGCGAUGGAAGGAGACGAAGAAGAAGAAGAAACAGAAGACCUAGUGAAUCAGGUUCUUGAUGAGAUUGGAAUUGACAUAAACCAAGAGCUUGUGAAUGCACCAUCUUCAGCUGUUGCUGCCCCAGCUGCAAAGAGUAAGGUACCUCAAGUUGAAACUACAGGGAAUGAUGAGAAUGGGUUAGAUAGUGAUUUACAGUCAAGGUUAGAUAAUUUGAGAAAAAUGUAGUCUAUCCUCUAUGAUAUAGGGAGAGUGAUGCUCAUAUGUACCAUAUAGAUUGAUAAGUGGUGCCACGAUGUGAUGAACUCAUAAUUAUAAAAUGAUGGUUUUUUUAAAUAAAUAAAAUUCCUUUAUCAGUUUUU